CACACCACGACGAACUUUUGCUCAACCACGACAAUCACCCAAAACUUCGUAGACGAUGGCGCCACGAAGUUAUUCGAAGACCUACAAGGUCCCUCGCCGACCAUUCGAGUCUGCGCGUCUGGACUCUGAAUUGAAGAUUGUCGGCGAAUAUGGAUUGAGGAACAAGCGUGAGGUCUGGCGUGUCCAGCUCACAUUGUCCAAAAUUCGUCGUGCCGCUCGUCAGCUGCUUACCCUCGACGAGAAAGACCCAAAGAGACUUUUCGAAGGCAAUGCCCUCAUUCGCCGUCUCGUGCGCGUUGGUGUUCUUGACGAGUCUCGUAUGAAACUCGAUUACGUCUUGGCCCUCAAGGUUGAAGAUUUCUUGGAGCGUCGUCUGCAGACUUGCGUCUACAAGCUUGGUCUCGCAAAGUCCAUUCACCAUGCCCGUGUUCUCAUCAAACAGCGCCACAUCCGUGUUGGCAAGCAGAUUGUUAAUGUUCCAUCUUUCAUUGUUCGCCUCGACUCCCAGAAGCACAUCGACUUCGCGCUCACCUCGCCCUUCGGUGGAGGACGUCCAGGACGUGUCCGAAGAAAGAAGGCUAAGGCUGCGGAGAAGAAAGACGACGAUGCCGGUGAUGAGGAAGAGGAGUAGAUAUAUGCGAGCGCUAAAAAAACAGCAUUCACAUAGGCAAUGGCGCAUGGUAUGGUUGGUCUUCAAUGACCCUUGCAGCAGCAGUUUAUUCUCAAACUGCAUCUUUGUAACGUGGGGAUUUAAAACUCAGAUAGCAUUGAGAUCGAAUGCAAGAUUUUAAAGCCUGCUAAUCAA